UUUCGUUUGGAAAGCCGAGGGGUGUGUGUGUGUGUGUGUUUGUGUGUGUGGUGCAGGCGACCACAAGCCCGUCCAUGGCCAACCCGCGGCGGUGCAUUGAGCUGGAGCAUUUCGAGGAGCGAGACAAAAGGCAGCAGCGCUCGGGCUCCCGCCGGGGAGGGGGCAGCUCCACUUGUAGCAGCAGCUCGGGGGCCAAAGGCAACGGGCUCAUCCCCAGCCCGGCGCACAGCGCCCACUGCAGCUUCUACCGCACGCGCACCCUCCAGGCCCUCAGCUCGGAGAAGAAAGCCAAAAGGGCGCGCUUCUACCGCAACGGGGACAAGUACUUCAAGGGCUUGGUCUAUCCCAUUUCCAGCGACCGCUUCCGCUCCUUCGACGCCCUCCUGGUCGAGCUCACCCGGUCUCUGUCCGACAACGUCAACCUGCCUCAGGGCGUCCGGGCCAUCUAUACCGCGGAUGGCAGCCGAAAGCUCUCCAGCCUUGAAGAACUGGUGGAUGGUGAAAGUUAUGUAUGCGCUUCCAAUGAGCCAUUUCGGAAAGUUGAUUAUACUAAGAAUGUUAAUCCAAAUUGGUCUGUCAACAUAAAAUCUGGCUCAUCUCGAUCCUUCACAUCUUUAACAUCUGCAAAAAGUGAAAUAAGGGAGAGCAAAGACUUCAUUAAACCUAAACUGGUAACUGUUAUACGCAGUGGAGUGAAGCCACGAAAAGCUGUGAGAAUUUUGCUGAAUAAGAAAACUGCUCAUUCCUUUGACCAAGUGUUGACUGAUAUAACAGAAGCUAUUAAGUUAGAUUCAGGCGUUGUCAAGAGAAUUUGCACAUUGGAUGGGAAACAGGUUACCUGCUUGCAAGACUUUUUUGGUGAUGAUGAUGUUUUUAUUGCCUGUGGACCUGAAAAAUACCGUUAUGCUCAAGAUGAUUUUGUUCUGGACCAUAGUGAAUGCCGUGUUAUGAAAUCAUCUUAUUCCCGUGCAUCUGGAACAACAAGGUAUUCUGGAUCUAAAAGUCCUGGGCCUUCACGUCGAAGCAAGUCCCCAGCUUCAGUCAGUGGAGCCCCCAGCAGCCAGAUUUCUACUCCUAAAUCAACAAAAUCAUCUAGUUCCUCACCAACAAGUCCUGGAAGUUUUCGGGGACUCAAGAUUCUCCCUCCUUGUGAAUCUUCUUCUAAUGUAAAUGGUGUGCCUGAAAUAUCUCCUUCCCUGAGUCCCGAAGGUAUAAAUGGAAACAAGUACUCUGAGACAUCUACCAUUCUUGAAAAGUACAAAGUGGGAAAGGUGAUUGGUGAUGGUAAUUUUGCAGUGGUAAAGGAAUGCAUAGAACGAUCCACCAGAAAGGAAUUUGCCCUGAAGAUUAUUGACAAAGGAAAAUGUUGUGGAAAGGAACAUUUGAUUGAAAAUGAAGUGUCAAUUCUACGCCGAGUGAAACAUCCCAAUAUUAUUAUGCUAGUAGAGGAAAUGGAUACUGCAACUGAGCUAUAUUUGGUGAUGGAACUGGUCAAGGGAGGAGAUCUUUUUGAUGCUAUUACAUCUUCAACAAAGUACACAGAGCGUGAUGGAAGUGCAAUGGUCUACAAUCUAGCCAGUGCACUGAAAUAUCUUCAUGGUCUAAGUAUUGUCCACAGAGACAUUAAGCCUGAGAAUCUUCUGGUCUGUGAAUAUCCAGAUGGGACAAAAUCUUUGAAGCUAGGAGAUUUUGGAUUAGCCACUGUAGUUGAAGGACCGCUUUAUACAGUCUGUGGCACACCAACCUAUGUGGCUCCAGAAAUCAUUGCAGAAACAGGUUAUGGCUUAAAAGUGGACAUUUGGGCUGCAGGUGUCAUUACAUACAUACUUUUAUGUGGGUUUCCACCAUUUCGUAGUGAGAACAACAUUCAAGAGGAUCUUUUUGAUCAGAUCUUAAUUGGAAAGCUAGAAUUUCCUUCUCCAUAUUGGGAUAACAUCACUGACUCUGCUAAGGAAUUAAUUAGUCUGAUGUUACAAGUAAAUGUGGAAGAACGAUAUACAGCUGCUCAGAUAUUAAACCAUCCUUGGGUAUCAGAUGAUGCCUCUCAAGAAAAUAAUAUGCAAGCUGAAGUAACAGGUAAAUUAAAGCAGCACUUUAACAGCACACUUCCCAAACAGAAUAACCAAAAUGCAGGAGUGUCUAUUAUCAUGAACACAGCUCUAGAUAAAGAAAAUCAGAUAUUUUGCAACAAGCGCUGUCAAAUCCCAGGUCAAGCUGAUGUGAAGUAAAUCACCAAGAUAAAACCUGCUCCUCAGCCUUCUACAACUGAUCACAAGUUGACUUCUCUUGCUGCUUCUCAGCUACUCAGUCUCUUCCUACCUUGAAUCAGCAUGUCAUGAGCCAGCAGGAUUAAUUUUAAGAGAAGUUCUAAUGAAAUCCACAGCUAGGUCAGCUACUGUUCUCUUAAACUUGCUACUUUUUUUCAUGCCUAAAAGGGAUGCAGGUUGUAUGUACAGUAGAUUUUAGUACUCUACCUAUUAAAUUUGGGAAUUCUUAUGUUUUUUAAUGAAUUUGUGUUCAGUAUAAUUUCAAUCAUACAAAUGAAUUUGUCUUCUCAUACUUGGAUAUACAAACUUUAAAUAGGUAUAACUAUUAAGGAGCCUCGCCCAACAAAGUCUAGAUUUUCUAAAAGAAAUGCUAGACAAAAAAAAGUGGCGGAACUCAUUUCUUUAAUUUAAAAAUGCAAGUCUAAAAUGGUCCUGGAGAGAAGCAAAAUUAUUCCCAGUGGCAAUUUGUACAAUAUUGAAAGUCAAGUUGUGGAGGUUUGAAUAAUGAUGUGAAUGGACAGCACAGUUAUUUUUGACAUUAAACUUUUUGAUUAAGUACCAUCAAGUUGGUAUUGACUAAGUGAUCACAUAGAUAAGAAAUAUAAAUUUAAACCUUGUGGAAUUUAAUAUAGAAUAAUUCAAUCAUUGACAAUCAUUUUUGCAACCAACCCCAUUUAUGAAUGAGUGUGUUUUGAAGAUUGCAACUAGUAAAGAUUUCUCUGCACAGGUUGUUUCCUGCUUCUCUUUUCCUGUCAUGAAUGACCAGUUAUUUUUUUCUUGGAACAGAAAGCUUGCUGCAUGGUGCAUUAUCAAAAAGAGCAGUAUAUUUAUAGCAAGCUAGUGUAAUAAAUGAAUUACUA